UGGUUACUUCCAUAUUGCAAGCGAUUUAGUCAUAUUCAAUUUCGAUAAAAGCACAAUUUACAAAAUGACUUGUCUCCCUCGAAAAACUAAAAGUAUGAUAAUUUAUUUGUUGAUUGGUUGUUUAUUCCAGAUGGGCAUCAUCCACACAACACCCGUGCCUCAGCCCCAGAGCGUGACGGGUUCCACGGCCAGCGACACGAUCUCGAAGGUGACGAAUCAGACGAAUUCGAUGAUCGACGACGAGCAAAACUAUGCAAUCGACGGAGUGGAGGACGUGACCGAAGUGUUCAAGUCACUGAUCAAGAACACGGGCUCGACGGUAUCGAUCUUGAGUAACGAGACCAGUGAAUCGUUGAAGGAGGUCGCCCAAGCCGGUGGCCGGGCCACGCUCGCACUGGGGUACCUGUGCAAUCAACUGUUUAACGGCCUCAGCGCCACCGUGGCCACCAGUGGCGGUUACCUGGCCACCGGUGUCAGGACCAUCGACGACGUAGUUGGUGACUGGCCGAUCGUGGGCACGGUCACGGGUACUCUCGACGCAGUCACUACGCAGUUGGCCAACACCUUCAACGAGAUGUCCGUCAACGGCCGGAAGAGCCGGGAAAAGAUGUUCGAGAGACUGCGCAAACGCCUGAACCGGAAAAGCGGGCGUCUGCCGGCAACAGGCGAUGGCGAUAUUUCAAUGAGCAACACCAGUAACAGCGCCCCGGUCAACGCCGCCGGAACCACAUGAUAGUGCAGUGAUGAGUAGUUGGCGACGUUUUGGCCGUAAUUUGUUGUUAUAGUGUUAAAAAAUGUAUAUUUUUUAAUCAGAAAAAAAAGAAAAAUCCAUAAAAAGAUUUUUGUAAUUCUGUUA